UCUUGAAAAUACCCAACAAAAACAGGGCUGGUGGAAUGCUCAAGUGGUAAAGCACCAGCCUAGCAAGCAUGAGGGUCCCCUUCCCCUGCCGCCCAAAGAAAAGACAGUCUAAUCUCUGGGGCUGAAGAUCAAGUAAAUUGAAAAUGAAUAUCCUGUAGUUGUAAUUUAUUUUAAGUAUUGGUAAUUUUGGUACAUUGUACGUUGUUUUUCAAGCUUUUGUGCCAGAACGUUCAUUAAAGUUUUUCCUAACAUUUGCUUUUCUGUUUCUAAUUGAUUUCCUAAAAAGUUUGUGAUUUUUAAUUUUUUCCUCCUUUUGUCAGCAUGCUUUUGUAAUAAGCAAGAAACAAUAAAAGGAGCUAUGUUAAAGAAAUGGAUCUGAAGUCUUCAAGUAUUGGAGUUUGAAGUCAGGGCUUUGUGCUUACUAGGCAGGCCCUCUUGAACCACACCACCAGCCAAUAACCAAGCUUCUAGAGAGCUGUUCUAUGAUACCGUGCAUUCCAUCAUCAGUUUGUGUCUUCUGCCUUUGUUUGGAAAUUGAGUUCACAGUUGAAGGAAUGGAACCCAAAAUUUAUUGAGAUAUGUGGAGUAAAAAAACAGAAAUUAUGAGUGGAGGAUCUCAAGUCCACAUUUUUUGGGGCGCCCCAGUUGGUCCACUGAAAAUCUCAGAAUCACAGGGAACAACUUCCUUAAUGUCCACUGCUGACCCCUGGAAAAAAAUCCAGCUUCUGUACAGUCAACAGUCUUUGUACCUUAAGGAUGAUAACCACAAACUCCAAAAUCUGGAAGAUUGUCAAGUCCCAGAAGCUGCUGACUUUCCAGACCUUCUUAGUGGUCAUUUUUUAGCGACAUCUGUGAAUAGAUCUGUUCAGUUGAAAGAUGACUAUAUACAUUCUACUUCUGAGAUACAGAAUAUAAAAUCCCAGAAAACUCACAUCUCAGAGCUGAGUGAUGUGACUGACUCUAAUGUGCAAAUGUGUGGGUUUAAGGACAGAGUUCAGCAUUUACCUGAAGAAGAAAAGGAUCAAAAGCUUCCAUGGGAAAAUAAGAAAAUUACAGGUGAACAGCCUAAGAAUCAGUCAAAUGUAUGUGGUCAAAACUUUCAAACAAACUCCUUUCAGCUAGAUCAUAAAUGUGUGGCCCAUAGUGCUGAACAAAUUAACAUACGGCCAGAAACUAUAGAAACAAAGCAUGUGCCAAUAGAACAUCAUGCAAUACAAAACCGAUGUCUGGAGUUCUUUCCCUCUGACACAGUGGAUGAACCAACGUCUGAAGGAGCAAUCAGGGAGGUCUCAAACUUGGAAGUGUCUACUGACACUGAAUUUCUCAGCAUAAUGACCUCCAGCCAGGUUGCUUUUUUAGCUCAAAAGAAGGAUAAGGGGAAGGAUUCUGUAAAUAAAGGAACCAUACGUAUGGAGAUUGAGCCAAAGUCAGGUCAUGGGGACAUAAGGAUAACUGAAAAUAAUUCGACUCAACCUAAUGAUGAUUUUGCAGAAGGAUGUGAAAGUGAACAAAACCAAGCUUAUUCCCUAGAGCUUUUUAGCCCUGUUUGUCCUGAAGCAAAAAGUAGCCACCUUCACAUAAAUCCUAAAAAAGGUCUUGAAGAAAAUAUAGAAUCUCAAGAACUUUUCAGUUCUGAAGGUAAAAUGCCACCAAAUGAGGUAUGUAUUGAGUCGUGUAACUCAGGAAUACUGUGUUCACAGCUAAAUACCUUCUACCAAAGUGCUGUUAAACAAAGUUGGACCUCCAAAGAUAAAUUGGAUCAUUCCAAAGCUCUGCCUGAAGUCCUCCCAGCACCUAAGAAACUGAAGUUGGGUUCCGAUGCAAGGGUGUCGGCCAUAGCAAUGCAUCAGAGAAACAUGCAUCAAUUUAAAGGAAUUAAAAAAAUAUCAUUAAUAAAAAAUUGUGAUUCUAAAGAUCAGAAGUAUAACUGUUUAGUUAUGGUGCUAACUCCAUGUCAUGUGAAAGAAAUAAACAUAAAAUCCAGAUCAAACUCUGGCUCUAAAGUGCCUUUAGCAACAAUUACAGUAAUCGAUCAAUCAAAACUUAAGAGAAAAGUUAUUCUGUGGAGGACUGCAGCAUUUUGGGCACUUACAGUGUUUCUUGGAGAUAUAAUUUUACUAUAUAAUGUUACUAUUCAUGAGGAUCAGUGGGUUGGUGAGACAGUACUCCAAUCAACAUUUACCAGCCAGUUACUAAACCUUGGGAAUUAUUCAUCUGUCCAGCCUGAAGAAUAUUUCAGUAUAGUUGGCAGUUUUGUACUUCAGGACCUACUGGCAUAUGUGUCCUCAGAACACUCCUAUCUCAAAGACCUUCCUCAAAGGCCGCCUCAGAGACUGAACACGGUAAAGUUCGUAGAAUUGGAGCAGCUGCAGCCUGACACGUUAGUUCAUGCAGUACUGAGAGUGGUGGAUGUCACUAUUCUAACAGAGGCAGUAUAUAGUUACAGAGGACAGAAGCAAAGGAAAAUUACAUUGACAGUGGAACAGGUCCAGGGUCAACAAAAUGUGCUUGUAUUAUGGGGUCCUGGAGCAGCCUGGUAUCCUCACCUUCAAAGGAGAAAAGAUUGUAUUUGGGAAUUUAAAUAUCUUUUAGUUCGGUACAAUUGUGUACUAGAAAACAUAGAAUUGCAUACAACACCAUGGUCAUCCUGUGAAUGCCUGUUUGAUGAUGAUAUAAGGGCAGUUACAUUUAAAGCAAAAUUUCAAAAGAGUGCAUCAUCCUCCAUGGUCAAGAUGUCAGACUUAGCAACCCACCUAAAGGAUAAGCAUUCAGGAGUGGUUCUGAUUAGAGCCAAGAUUUUAGAGCUGGUAUUCCCUGUUGCAGCUCAGAAGAUAGUUCUAAGUGCUCACAGCUCUCUGAAGAGUAUCUUCUCCUGUCUUCCCAACAUGAUAUUUACUGGCUGUGCAAAAUGUGGAUUGGAACUAGAAACAGAUGAGAACAGGAUCUACAGACAGUGCUUUAACUGUUUGCCCUUUGAGAGGAAGAAAAUAUACUAUAGGCCGGCUUUAAUGACAAUAGCAGAUGGAAGAUGUAACGCUCGCAUCCAUGUAGGAUCAAAGUUGAUGGAGAAGAUUCUUCUCAACAUUUCUCCAGACUGCCUCAACAGAGUGAUAGUGCCUUCCUCUGAGAUCACCUAUGGGAUGAUUGCCGCAGACCUGCUCCACUCUUUGUUGACAGUCAACAUAGAACCUUGUGUGUUGAAGAUUCAGAGCCUUUUUGUGCUAGAUGAAAACAGCUACCCAUUGGAACAGGAUUUCUUCCUACUGGAUUUCUAUAUUGACCCUUGCAAGGCAUAGAUCUAAGCCCUUUUCUGAGCCCAGAUGAGGCAAAUGGAAGCAUUCCCAGAAAGAAGUACUGAAAUGAUUUGUCUUAAAAAUA